AUGGGUUUCUCAGAGACUUUCAGCGACUUCUUAUCCUCAUUCUCUCUUCCCGAAUUACACGCCGAAGCUCCACAAAAAGACGAACAGGAUCAAGGCGAGGAAAAAGGAGAAGACUCUGAGAGCAAUGAGGAAAGUGGAGAUGGCGAGGCCGAGGGUGGCGAAGAAGAGUCAGGAGAGGGUGGAGAGGACGGAGGCGAGGAGGAAGAGGAAGAGGAGGAAGAGGAGGAGGAAGAGCCCGUGGAUAUGAAGCCUCAAUUAGAAGAAGGUACGUAG